GGGAUUACGGAAUCCCGUUUGCGGUUGCUAUGCUCAGGCCGCCCCAACACGUAAUCCCCUGGGCAAAGACGACGACGCUCAAUUGAGUGCUGAUCGGGAUUUACGUGUACUCUUAUUUCGUGUGCACGCGUAACACAAAGCCCCUUAGAGGCUCACCUCCGAUGCCUGCGACUAGCCUGGGGACUACCUACAGCCUACCUUACCUUAUGUACGGGACUUUUUGACUACGGCGCGCCGCCGACCGACACUGCUGCCCACAUACGGACUCAUACCCUACGGAAUACGGACGGAGUGCGGACGGGUGGACCAGUGGACCACGCACCAAAUCGCGCCCAUACCACCACACCACCAACAAGCGGCUUACUCGAUACUCCGUACCUAGUAGGCAGGAAAAAAGGAAACACCGACCGCCUCGAACCCCGUUGCUACCUGCUGGCGGCCCUCCGCCGCCAUGCCGCUGCCAGUGCCUAUGGACUCGGUCUCGAGCUCCAUUAGCAAUGGCUCGGACUUUACCAGCCCAGCUCCCUACGGCCGCGCCUGCAGCAACUGCUCACGCGCAAAGUGCAAGUGCAUGCGGCGCCCACAUGGCGUUGGUGCCUGUGAGCGGUGUCUACGGCUCGAGAAGGACUGCAUCCAGCAGCCGAGCCAGGCGCGCGGCAAAAUCGCCAAACGCACCUCCUCUCGGACUGUGGCUCAGCUCGAGGAAAAGCUCGACGGCCUCGUUACACUGAUAAAGUUGUCCUCGCGCGGCUCCAUUCCGGCCAGCGGCUCUGCUGGUGAUGCCAUGGACAUGGCUCCCGUCUCCGCCACUAAAACAAACCCGCCCCCCGAUCUGCCCUUUCGCCCGCUAGCAGUAAGAGAGCAGCAGUUGCUGCAGCAACAACGGCACAGCCAGGGCCACCUCCAGCCUAGCAUACACGGCCCUUCACCCCACGGCCUUGGCACGUCCAGUUUCGGCCCAUCUUCAAACCACGCCCACGCCGAGCCGCUGCUUCCUUCACCCGCGGCGUCGAGUAGUUACACGAGCCACGAUACCCGCUCCAAUCACGACUCGCGCACUAGUCACACCUCACCCGAAGCCCACAGGGGCGGCGGCGAGCCCGAGGACAUUCCGGCCCACGAGGCUGACGAGUGUCUUGAGAACUUCCGCACUCAGAAAUUGAAGUAUUUCCCCUUUGUGCACAUACCUGCCCAUGUGACGGCUGCCCAGUUGCGCCAUAGCCAUCCUUUUUUUUGGACCUCGAUUCUUGCCGUCAGCACCAGGUCAAUGGCGAGACAGCUGGCUCUCAGCACAAAAGUCCGCCGCGUCCUCGCCGAGAGGCUAGUCGUCCAUCACGAGAGGAGCUUUGACACGCUUCUCGCCCUUCUCGUCUUCUUAGGCUGGGCCAAUUUCCAUCUAGGGCCGCAGCCGUUUCUGUGCAUGUACAGCCACUUGCUUGCCGGCCUUGUGCAGGACCUGGGGCUCGAUAAGCCGCCCCACAAGAACGACGAGAACCAUCCCAUGGCCGCGCUCAAGGGACAGAGCCUCAUCACACGCUUCUCUUCCAACUCAGCCCGCACAAUGGAGGAGCGCCGCGCAGUGCUGGCUGCCUAUCUCAUCUCUUCAGAAAUUUCCUCUUUUACGGUGACGAGAAAGAUUGACGCGCUUCGGUGGACAAGCCACAUGGAGGAAUGCUUGCAUGUCUUGGAAGAAAAACAAGAGUGCCCAACGGACCUCAAGCUCGCCUACCUGGUCAAGCUCCGCAUCAUAGGGGAAGAGAUGCGGCAAUCGUACAUCACUGCUGAGCCAACGGAGCCCCUGAGCCUCGCGCAAGUGUUCCAGACAAAAGCCCUACGGGGCCGCUUGUUUGACGUUAAGCAAUCGCUGCCGCCCGAGAUGGCAAACGACUACGUAGUCCAGUUCAAACUUCUCAAUACGGACCUUGACAUCAGCGAGGUGGGCAUCUGGCAGGAGUCGCGGCAGGGGGUGGUACCCGACGCGGAGCGGCUGACACUGCUGGCCGACUGCCUGCGGACGGCGCGGACCUUUUUCGACUAUAUCUUCACCAUCGAGCCGGCAGAAUAUCGCGGCUUCGGCUUCUGCAUCUACACGCAAAUGUCGCACUUCAUCUCGUCCGUGUACCGGCUCAGCAUGAUCGACGACCCGGACUGGGACCGCGACAUGGUGCGCAGCACCAUCGAUAUCCUCGACGUCAUGGACCGCGUCGCCGCCCAGUUCGAGCGCGUCGCCGCCGACACCGGCAUCCUCAAUGACCGCCCCGACGGCAGCAACCUAUGGACCCACACCGCCCGCGCCACUGAGACCAUCCGCGCCUCGUGGGAGCCCAUCUUCCGCCCAAAGAUCAGCAGCGACGUCGACCCCUCAGACGCCCCGGGCGGCCCAGAGAACUUUGACACGGCGGCAGCGGAAGCCGCGGCGGCGGCGAGCACCGGCUGGGAGGGCUUCAGCGGCGACUUUGUUGAGGGCUUCAACGGGUGGAUUACGGACAUGUGGGAGAUGAGCUGGAACGUGAGCGACUUUCCCGACACCAGCGGCGCCAGGUGAUUCUCUCACCCCGGAGAAAAAGGCAUCGAGAGAACCUCUUGUGAAUAUUGCCUAUAAUUAGACCCCGACCUAGAUAUGUUGUGUAGACUCCGCUCUCCUGGGUGCAAGGUCAGGCACCUUGUCUUUCAACCAGGACUUUUAGAUCUAACCAGAUUACCUUGUUAUCUGUUUGCUUUUCCAUUUGACGGCUGUGCGAUUGCCUGCAGGAGAUAGGUAGCUGAAUUUCCAACUUAACUCGAGC